AGGAUGUAUUUUUGCACUUUACAGCCUCGCGUAUUCGAUACGAGAUUACGAGCGGUAACAUAGGCGGCGCGUUCGCCGUGAAGAAUAUGACUGGCGCCAUCUAUGUCGCGGGUGCGUUAGAUUACGAGACGAGGAAAAGGUACGAGCUCCGCCUCACCGCGUCCGACAACUUGAAAGAAAAUUACACGACGGUCGUGAUACACGUGAAGGACGUGAACGAUAAUCCACCCGUCUUCGAGCGUCCAACUUACAAGACGCAGAUCACCGAGGAAGACGACAGGACAUUGCCUAAACGAGUCCUCGGGGUGACGGCGACCGAUGGCGACAAGGACAGGCCGCAGAAUAUCGUCUACUUUUUAACCGGGCAGGGUAUCGAUCCUGAUAAUCCAGCCAACAGUAAAUUCGACAUCAACCGCACCAGCGGGGAAAUUUACGUUCUAAAGCCGCUGGACAGGGAUCAACCGAACGGGAGGCCGCAGUGGCGAUUCACGGUGUUCGCUCAGGACGAGGGUGGGGAGGGUUUGGUCGGAUAUGCCGACGUGCAGGUGAACCUGAAGGAUAUCAACGACAACGCGCCCACGUUCCCCCAAGGGAUUUAUUUCGGGAAUGUGACGGAGAACGGAACGGCGGGAAUGGUGGUGAUGACCAUGACUGCGGUCGACUACGACGACCCGAGCGAGGGCACGAACGCGAAAUUGAUUUACUCGAUCGAGAAGAACGUGAUCGAAGAGGAGACCGGCUCGCCCAUCUUCGAGAUCGAGUCGGACACAGGCGUGAUAAAGACGGCGGUAUGCUGUUUGGACAGAGAGCGCACACCCGACUAUUCUAUACAAGUGGUGGCUAUGGACGGAGGGGGGUUGAAGGGGACGGGGACAGCGUCGAUACGUGUGAAAGAUAUAAACGACAUGCCUCCUCAAUUCACGAAGGAGGAAUGGUUCACCGAAGUGGACGAAACGGAGGGGCCGGAUUUGCCGGAGAUGCCGAUUCUCACUGUCACUGUACACGACGAGGACGAGACGAAUAAGUUCCAGUACAAGGUGAUCGAGAGCAGCGGUUACGGUGCCGACAAAUUCACCAUGGUGAGAAACAACGAUGGCACGGGCUCUCUCAAGAUCGUGCAAUCGUUGGACUACGAGGACCAAUUGCAGAGCAACGGUUUCAGGUUUAGGAUACAGGUGAACGACAAGGGGGAGGACAACGACAACGACAAAUAUCACGUUGCCUACUCGUGGGUGGUUGUGAAGCUGCGCGACAUAAACGAUAACCAGCCGCAAUUCGAGAAAGCGAAUAUCGAGACGACCGUGCCGGAAAACGCUCGCAUCGGGAACAGCUUGGAAACGUUCAAAGCCACCGAUCCCGAUCAAGGCGGUAAGAGCAAGGUGUACUACUCGAUCGAUCGAAGCUCCGACCGCAAAAGGCAAUUCUCCAUCAACGAGAAUGGGACGGUGUCGAUCCAGAGGAGUCUCGACCGCGAGGAGACUCCGAGACAUCAGGUGAAGAUCUUGGCGAUCGACGACGGGAUCCCGCCGAAAACGGCGACGGCCACGUUGACAGUGAUCGUGCACGACAUAAACGACAAUCCGCCCCGUUUCCUCAAGGAUUAUCGGCCGGUGUUGCAAGAGCACUCCCAGCAGAAGAAAGUGGUGGAGAUAUCGGCAACGGACGACGACGAUCGGUCGAAGAGCAACGGGCCGCCGUUCACCUUCAGGAUGGACCCGAAGGCGGACGACGUGAUUCGCGCCAGUUUCAAAGUGGAGAGCGACAACAAGGGGGCGAACGGGGACGGUAUGGCGAUUGUUUCCUCGCUACUGUCGUUCAACAGGGAGCAACAAAAGGAGUACUUGAUACCGAUCGUUAUCAAAGAUACCGGGACUCCAUCCAUGUCUGGGACCAGUACUUUAACCGUUAUUAUCGGGGAUAUCAACGACAACAAGAUGCAGCCUGGAUCGAAGGACAUUUUUGUAUAUAAUUACGCAGGACAAUCACCGGACACGGAGAUAGGCAGAGUUUACGUGUUCGAUUUGGACGAUUGGGACUUGCACAAGAAAUUCUACUGGGAGGGUUUGGAACACGCCCAAUUCAAAUUGGACGAGGACACGGGGAUGAUAUACAUGAAAUCGGGCACGCACGACGGCAGAUACCAUUUACGUUUCAAAGUGUACGACCGGAAGCACACGCAAACGGACGUCCCGGCGAACGUCACCGUCACCGUCAAGACCAUCCCUCACGAGGCCGUGCUCAACUCGGGAUCCGUUCGGAUAUCCGGCAUAACGGACGAAGAUUUCAUUCGUAUCUGGGAUUACAAGUCGCAAACCACGUCGCGCAGUAAAGCGGAAUUAUUCAGGGACAAAUUGGCGCAUUUGUUGAACAUCGACAGGGAGAACGUGGACGUGUUCAGCGUUCAAUUGCGCAGGGUACAUCCCCCGUUGACGGACGUGAGAUUCGCGGCGCACGGGUCCACGUAUUACAAACCGGUCCGAUUGAACGGAAUCGUGUUGAUGCAUCGGGAGGAGAUCGAGAAGGAGGUCGGCAUCAACAUAACCAUGGUGGGGAUCGACGAGUGUUACUACGAGAACGAGGUGUGCGAGGGCAGUUGCACGAAUACGUUGGAUAUCAGCAGCCUGCCGUACAUGGUGAACGCGAACAGGACGGCCCUGGUCGGCGUUCGAGUGGACGUGAUCGCCGAGUGUACCUGCGGGGCGCGCAACUUCAGCAAAGGGGAGUCUUGCAGGAGCAGCCCUUGCUACAACGGCGGCCGUUGCGUCGAGGGAAGAUUCGGAUUGUCGUGCCAGUGCCCCGCCGGAUACAACGGUCCCAGGUGUCAGCAAACCGCGAGAAGUUUCCGGGGGAACGGGUGGGCCUGGUAUCCAGCUCUGGAAAUGUGCGACAACAGUCAUCUGAGCUUCGAAUUCAUCACGAAGAAACCGGACGGGUUGUUGUUGUACAACGGCCCCAUAGUCCCUCCCGAAGCCGACGAAAUUAUGGUCUCUGACUUUAUAUCCGUCGAGUUGGAACGCGGAAUACCUCGGCUGUUGAUAGACUUCGGUUCCGGCACGUUGGAAUUGAAAGUGAAACCGAAGAGAACGUUGGACGAUGGGGAGUGGCACAGACUCGACAUCUUUUGGAACACGGAGACGGUGAAAUUGAUCAUCGACUACUGCAAGUCGGCGGACAUCUCGGAACCGGAAGAUGGCACGCCGCCAGAGUUCAACGACACGAGUUGUCAAGCGCAAGGGACGAUACCACCGUUCAACGAGUACCUGAACGUGAACGCCCCCCUUCAAAUCGGUGGUUUAUACGUGGAGCAAUUCGACCCGACCCACUACAAGUGGAAACACAUGCCGGUCGGCAAAGGUUUCGACGGGUGUAUCAAGAAUCUGUUCCACAACAGCAAGCUUUACGAUCUGGCGCAUCCCGGCCUGUCGAGGAACAGCGUGGCCGGCUGCCCCCAAACCGACGAGAUAUGCAACAAUCAGGAAUCGACGUUCCGUUGCUGGGAGCACGGCACCUGCGUGGGAAGCUUCACCGAGGCCAGAUGCCAGUGCAACCCGGGUUGGACCGGCCCCGGUUGCAUGACACCCACCAUACCAACCACGUUCAAGCCCCAGAGUUACGUUAAAUACGCAUUGUCCUUCGAGCCGGAUAAAUACUCCACUCAGGUCCAACUGAGAUUCCGCACUCGAGAGGUGCACGGCGAGUUGUUCAGGGUCAGCGACCAGCACAACAGAGAGUACGCCAUCUUGGAGAUCAAGGACAGCAGAUUGCACUUCCGCUACAAUUUGAACAGCCUGAGAACCGAGGAAAGGGAUAUAUGGUUGACGGCGAUAGCCGUGGACGAUGGACAAUGGCACACGGUCAGAGUGUCGAGAUACGGAUCGGCCGCCACCUUGGAGUUGGACGGUGGGGAAGGAAGAAGGUUCAACGAGACGUUCUCGUUCGAAGGACAUCAGUGGUUGUUGGUCGACAAGCAGGAAGGCGUUUUCGCGGGUGGCAAGGCUGAGUACACGGGGGUCAGGACGUUCGAGGUGUACGCUGAUUACCAGAAAGGAUGUCUGGACGAUAUAAGAUUAGAAGGGAAGCAUCUGCCGUUACCACCUGCCAUGAAUGGAACGCAAUGGGGUCAAGCGACGAUGGCCAGGAAUUUGGAAAGGAAUUGUCCCUCGAACAAGCCUUGCGCCAACGUCAUUUGUCCGGAACCCUUCGAAUGUAUCGAUCUUUGGAACGAGUACGACUGCACAUGCGGGGAAGGGAGAAUCCCAUCGCCUGACAACAAAGGAUGCAUGGACAAGAACGAAUGUAUAGACUAUCCUUGCCUGAACGGCGGUAGAUGCAUCAACCAGGAUCCUCGUUUCCGGUACAGAUGUAUCUGUCCAGAUGGUUUCUGGGGGGAGAAUUGCGAGCUCGUGCAAGAGGGUCAAACGUUGAAGCUCAGCAUGGGAGCUUUGGCGGCUAUCUUGGUCUGCCUUCUGAUCAUUCUUGUUCUCGUCUUGGUAUUCGUUGUGUACAACAGAAGAAGAGAAUCUCACAUUAAGUAUCCCGGACCCGAUGACGACGUGAGAGAAAAUAUCAUCAACUACGACGACGAGGGUGGCGGAGAAGAUGACAUGACCGCGUUCGACAUCACCCCCCUUCAAAUUCCUAUUGGGGGCCCGAUACCGGAAAUGGGAGGAAAGCUACCACCGUGCAAAAUACCCUAUACGCUAGGACCGGAGCCGAACGUGGGCAUAUUUAUAGAGGAUCACAAAAAGAGAGCCGACAGCGAUCCCAACGCGCCACCGUUCGACGAUCUUCGAAAUUACGCGUACGAGGGGGGCGGAAGCAUCGCAGGCUCGUUGUCAUCGUUAGCUUCCGGAACCGACGACGAGCAGCACGAGUACGAGUACCUAGGUGCUUGGGGGCCGAGAUUCGACAAGCUGGCCGACAUGUACGGGCCAGCGGAGGAAAGCGAAGAGGAGGAUUAAAAGUGAUCCGUAAGCUCGCACGACACCCCGUACACCCUUCAAGGAGCAACGUUCGCGUGAGCUUGAACGUCGAGAAGAAAAAAAUUGGAAAGAGAAGAAGCAAGGG